CCCGCCGAAGCUGACCGGAGAACGCGGCGGCAGGAAGGGCGGCCGAGCGCGCCGGGACUCGCGGGGGACCCAGGCGUCCGGCCGCCGGGAGGGCCGCGUGACGAGCUGCAGCGGGGAAUCGCGGAGCUCUGCGGCCCGGGGCGUGCGGACCCCGCGAGGGCUUGAGGAGAGAGACCUCCCCGUCCAGGGGGGGUGGCGAUGUUCUCCACGCCCGUGGGCUCUUCGGGCAGCCAAGGCAUCCGGCCGCUGGGACCCGGGCCCCCUCGGUCGCCACCUCUGCGGGCUGCUCCAUGGAAACUCUGUGUCCCCCUGCCCGGCUGGCGGUGCCGGCGUCCCCGCGAGGGUCGCCCUGCUCCCCCACACCCCGGAAGCCGCGUCGGGGGACCCGGGAGUUCUCUCCGCUGUGCCUGCGUGCCCUUGCCUUCUGCGCCCUCGCCAAGCCCCGGGCGUCCUCUCUGGGCCCGGGAUCGGCGGAGUCGCCGCCGCCACCGCCACCGCCGCAGCGAACACCGGUGCUGCCGGGCCCUCGUACCCCGCCGCGCUCCGGCGGCUGGGCCUCGGAUGGCCUGAAGCACCUCGGGGGACAGGCCGGGCGGGCCAGCGAGCCGAAGCCCCCGGCCGGCCAGGAUGCCGACGAUGCCGUGUGCCUCGGCCGUGGCGACGGAGAGGAAGACGAGGGCGGAGGCAGUUUCCCGCACUUCGUCGCUCGCUCCUGCGCACCUCCGGGCCAAUGCCCGGAGCCCCGGCGCCCUCGGGAAUCUCCGACCAGCUCCGCCUCGACUCCGCCUCGGCCGGCUCCGGUUCUGCAGUCCCAGCCGGGCGCAGCCAGCAGCCCGCCUCCGGAGCGCGACUCCGGGCCUCCGCUGCCACCUGCGGGCCUCUCCUCGGCCGAGUGCGCGGGUCCCGGGCCCGCCCCGGAGCCAUCUCCGCUGGACCAGGCCGCCGCCGUCGACCAGGAGGCCCCGCCGAGCGCCCCGGAGGCCGGGGCCGCCGACCCCUCGACGGCCACCGCCGUGGCCGCCGAGCUCCGCCAGGACCAUUUCGACCGUCUCAUCCGCCGCUCCAAGCUCUGGUGUUACGCCAAAGGCUUCGCCCUGGACACGCCGCCCGUGCGCCGGGGGCCUGAGCGGCCGGCGGCCAAAGGGCCGGCGCGGGGAGCGGCCAAGAAGCGUCGGCGGCCUGCGCCCCCGCAGCGCAGCGCGCAGCCCCGCCGGCCCGCGCCGACGCUGCCCACCGCCAGCACCUUCAGCCUGCUGGACUGCUUCCCCUGCCCGCCGGCCCUGGUGGUGGGCGAGGACGGAGACCUGGGGCCGGCGUCCUCGCUCCGCCUGCAGGGCAACGCCAGGCCGCCGCCGGCCCACCCAGUGUGGCGGUGGCAGAUAGGGGGGCCCGCCGUCCCUGAGCCCCCCGGCCUCAAGUUCUGGGGGAUCAACUUGGAGGAUCCCUGAGCGCGCGAGGCCCAGGGCACCUCCCAAACUGCAGGCUGGUUGGAGUGGGGGAAGAGGAGGCUCGCCGGGCGGAUUGGCCCGGCACCGUCUGGUUCAGUGGACGAGUGACAGCGAUCUUCAAGUACCUAAGGGGUCGGCGUGACGUCCCCUCCCCUUCGGCGAAAGCUUUACCGAAAAAGGCCGAGUGUCACAGAUUGCAUCCCUCCCCCUCCCCCUCGGAUCUCCACCCCACGGGUAGCGAAGGAGACCACCGCUCAAAGACCAAAAGAAGAGACCGUCCAUGGUGAUGGACAAACCGGUUGUUUCCGCGUCGGUGGGCGAGCCUGGGGGUGCGGGGGCCGGGGUGGGGGCGGGGAGGUGAUUGGCAGCUCCCUGGGGGCAUCCCCCACCCCCACGGCCCAGGCCUUUAACCCUUCACUCCGCCUCAGGCCUUCCCGUGCACGCUGAGCGCCGCCGGGGCCGGGGGGAGGGGAGGAGUAGUUGGAGCCCAGGGAAGAUUCCGCCCCCCCCACCCCAAGUUCAGGUGACCCCGAGUUGGUCAGAUGUUCAGCCCUAACCACCAGCUUUUCCCUUUUGUCCUGUGUUGGGAGUUUACCUUCGAGUUUGCUGCUUGCUUUGGGUUCCCAAGGUCUGGUGGGUGAGAGACCCUCCCUCCACCUGCCCCAGUUUACCCUCCCUGAUAAAAGGGACAGGGCUGAGUGGCCAUUCCCUGUCACAAAAUGUUGCUUUCGCCUGGGGAUGGGGCCUGUGGCACCCCAGGGAGAGUAGUGGAAAGUGGGAGAAAUCAAGAUCGGACAAAAUGAGUUCCGCUUGGAAGCCAUCACCGACGGAUGGAGAGAGGGGCCGAGGGAAGACGCCCAAGCUCUGCCCUUUGAGGGGGCGGCAGGGCAGCCCCGGGAGCUGCAACCGAGCUCCCAGGGGGCACGGCGUGGGGUUGAGAGGGCCUGGGGCCAGCGGAGGUCCUUUCAACCUCCCCUUCAGCUGCGGGCGUUUAGGGCGCUGUCAGGGGUCUGAUGGAUCCGAAGGGGGCAGGGCCAGGGGAUUAGGGUUGGGGUCAGAGGUUGUGUUUUCCAGGCCGAAUGGAGGGACAGGCCCUUGAGUCAGACAGGGGUGGCCUCGCCGGCCCUCCCCUGCCCAGGUGAGGUUAGUGCAUGCCAGCAAAGGGGCGCGAUGAGCCCCGCGGCACUAACAAGCGACACCCUCUUCCCCCCCAAGAGGGGUGAAGGCGGAAGAGUCCCCAGUGUGAUGCCGGGGAAGGACUUGUCUCCUUUUCUGUGAAAAUGCCAUGUAAAAAGUUGUUAUUGUUUGCAUAGAGCAGAUUCUUGAGGAAAACUGUGUUUGG